CAGCAGAGCGGCACAGUCCUCCUCUGUAGAGCCUCCUCUGUAGAGCCCUCUCCUGGGAACACACUCCAUAAGGAAUCAGCGCAGAACAGCUGACCUCCUAGUCAGUCUCUGAGUCCCUCCUCCCCUUGAGAGGAUGUCCGUGAGCCUGGCUGGGGAGGACAUCCAGGCGGAGGGGGCUAUUGGAAGUAGUGGAGCGUUCGAUGAUGACUUGAUGAUGAAGCUCUCCCCGUCCCCUGAACCUUGCCAGGGACAGGAGGGUGCUGGGGGCACCGGGGAGGGCAUGGAGGCAGAGGAGAGCGCCACACAGGACUCRCAGAGGCGUACUCAGAACCACGGCCAUGGCAGGAAAAGGGCCAGGUCCAAUGCCAAGCUGAAGCUGGUGAGGAGCCUGGCGGUGUGUGAGGAGUCAUCAGGUCCGUUCUGUACUGACGGACCUCCAGACAUUAUCCAGCUCCACAUCAGCUGUCCCUCAGACAAGGAGGAGGAGAAGUCUUCUAAGGAUGACUAUGAGAACGAGGAUGAGAAGGAGAAGAAGGACAGGACUCCACGCAAGAUGUUGUCACGAGUAACCAGUACAAGAAGUUUCCCCAGAUGACGUCGUACCACCGCAUGCUGUUGCACCGUGUAGCGGCCUACUUUGGCAUGGACCACAACGUAGACCAGACUGGCAAGGCCGUCAUCAUUAACAAGACUGGCAACACACGCAUCCCAGAGCAGAGGUUCUCAGAGCACAUCAAGGAUGAGAGGAACACGGAUUUCCAGAAGAAGUUUAUCCUCAAGAGAGACGACGCCAGUAUGGACAAGGAUGAUAAUCAGAUCCGCGUGCCGCUGUCGGACGGGCGGCGCAGCAAAUCGAUAGAGGAGAGGGAGGAGGAGUAUCAGAGAGUACGAGACCGGAUCUUUUCCCGAGAAUCCUCUCAAAAUGGAUACAUCAACGACAACAGACUUUCCCCUGAAGGCUACUCCUCUACCUCUCAAAAGAGGAGGCAGAUCUUUCGGGGUAACCUUGAGAGCUCCAGCCGUGCGUCCAGCAGUCGUCAGAGCAGCACUGACAGUGAUAUGAAGUGCCUGGAACCAAGACCCUGGAGCAGCACAGACUCCGAUAGUUCAAACAGGACCCUGCGGCCCCCGGUCACCAAGGCAUCCAGCUUCUCUGGCAUCUCCAUUCUGACCAGAGGAGAUAGUCUGGGCAGCAACAAGAGCUCUCAGGGCAGCUGUAGGGGCUCACGCACUGGACUCCCACUGGUGAGUCCAGACAUGUGUCCCCAGCCCCCAGUCCCCCAGCCUGGCCCCUGCCCCGGGGGUCGCAGUCUGCUGCCCUGCCCCUCSCAGGUCCAGGCCCAGCCCCCCCAGACCGCCCUACUGCCCACCCCACAGCAACACCCCAUGGGCAACUAUAACCAUAACCACAUGACUCAGCCGGUGGGGUCUCUGCAGCCCUCUCAACCUGUGUCCUACUCUUCCUCCUGUCCCCAGGUCCUCCUGCCUGUCUCUUCCCCCCAGCAGUACAUGGGUGAGGAGCUGGCUCCCCACUUCARCCAGAUGACUCUGAGUCGACAGAGUUCCAGCGAGGCCCCGGAGCCCCCCGCCAUAUACCAGACCCAGGGGCCCACUGUCCUCACCCAACACCCCCCACCCCAGGCGGGCUAUAUCAUGGCCACCACGGCCCAGCCCCUGGCCCCUCAGUCUGGCUACCAGCCUAACACCAGACACCUCCAUCAUCCUCCUCCUCCUCCUCCUCCACCCCCUCCCUCCCAGACCAUCAUGCAGCCCCCACCACCGCCGCAGGGGUACCUGCAGCCGUCUCCCCCUCAACAGAUAUCUUACCCCAGCACAGGGCAGCAGUACCCCAKCCCUGGGCAACAGUACCCCAGCCCUGGGCAACAGUACCCCAGCCCUGGGCAGCAGUACCCCAGCCCUGGGCAGCAGUACCCCAGCACAGGGCAACAGUACCUCAGCCCUGGGCAACAGUACCCCAGCCCUGGGCAACAGUACCCCAGCCCUGGGCAACAGUACCCCAGCCCUGGGCAACAGUACCCCAGCACAGGGCAACAGUACCCCAGCACAGGGCAACAGUACCCCAGCCCUGGGCAGCAGUACCCCAGCACAGGGCAACAGUACCCCAGCCCAGGGCAGCAGUACCGGCCUGGACCCAUGUCUCACCAGGUGUCCUACCCUGCCCAGCCCAUGCCCCAGCCCAUGGCUCAGCCCACACAGCAGUCUGCAGCUCUCCAGACCAUGAUGCCCAGCCAGCAGCCCCAGUACCAGGGAAUGAUAGGAGUACCCCAGCAGCCCCAGAACCAGGCUCUCCUCACCUCCCAGGGGCAGGGCAUGCAUGGACAGGUGACGGCCAUGAUGGUCCAGUACCCACAGAUGCCCUCAUAUCAGCAGGUCCCUGUGGCCAGUGACUCUCAACAGAUGAUCCAGCACCAGCAGUACCAGCAGCAGGUCAUGGUGCCAGUCAGCCAGUCUCUACAGACUGUCCAGGGGCCCAUGCCCGUAUACUACAGCGUCAUCACCCCCACACAACAGAACAGCACAAGUCCAUCAGUAGGGUACCUGCAGCCCAGCUCAGAGCAGUACCAGAUGAACCCGUCUACUUCUCCCUGCAACCCUCCACAGAUGCAGCAGCAAUAUUCAGGGGUGGCUCCCCCACAGCCUGGGGUGAUGGUCAUGCAGCUUAGUGUCCCCAACGGACCCCAGCCUACCCACAACCCUCCUCUGGUACAGUGGAACCCCUGCAAAUACUACAGCCUAGAGCAGAGACCCAGUAAGCCUGGAGACCUCUACAAAUCUGACAACACACAGCAGACGAGUACACAGACGCAGAGCAGUCCCCUGUCCUCCCCCACCCAGUCUCCUACCCCCUCCCCCUCAGGCAGCGUGAGCAGCGUCUGUCCAGGCCUCGGCCCUCUGUCCCUACUGUCACAGUUCCCCCGGCCCGGACCAGGGCCCGUACAAGGUGACGGGUGCUACUCUCUGUUGGGCCAGCCUCUCCAGUACAGCCUCUGUCCCUCUCCUCUCAUCCACAGCCAGACCAAUUACAGCUCACAUCAGAGCCAAGUAGGAAUGAAGCAUGGGGCGAGAGGGAAGAGACAGACACUGAAGUCUCAAUCUACAGACCUGGGGACCACUGACGUCGUGGUGAGUCGGGUGCUGGAGGUGACAGAUCUCCCAGAGGGCAUCAGUCGCCCUGAGGCCGAGAAGCUCUUCAACCAGCUGUCCAUGUGCGGUGCGAAGAUCCAGUGGCUCAAGGACCCGGUGGUGGGGGGCCGUGGAGGCUACUGUGGCCCAGGAGGGCAUCACGGUCCUGGGGUUGGGAUGGGGCCUGGAGGGGGGAAGGGCGACGGCCGCGGCAGCGACCCGGCUCACCUCUACACGGUGGUGGCUGUGUUCCCUUCCACCAUGGCUGCACAGAGUGCUUCCUUCAAACUCAACAACAGUGGGGCGAGCCUCUUCAAACUGAGGGCCGCCAAAAAGAACUAUGACCUAAGAGUGCUGGAGAGGGCCAGCUCCCAGUGAAAAGAAAGUAGAGAAGGGACUUUUGAAAAGUAGGAGUGGUAAGGAGUUGGACUGAGGGGACUGAGCAGUUUGGACGGACAGGAAAGUGGGACAAGACGUCACACGUUAAGGGGAACAGGUGAACACAGAACACAAACUGAGAAGAUGGUGUUUGCAAAAUAUGAAAAUAUAUUUUCAUUUUCAAUUGUUUUGUUUUAUAUUAUUGAUACCUAAAGAGCACAUUAGAUACGUGAGCAUGUGGAUCACUGUUGCUGUGUAUUUGUGCUAACACCCACGUCCAUGCACAGACAGGCAACAGGGUCACGUGGCGCUCCUGAACACACUGGACAGUCAACUUCAGUCCAUCCUUCCCUUCGCUCUCCUCCAGACUUCCUCCUCUUGCUCUCUAACUCUCUCUCUCUCUAGCUCUCUAACUCUCUAGCUC